GAAGCUAAUCGCUCAAGUAAAAGUGAAACCAAGUUUUCUGCGUAUGUCUGUUGUCCAUGAGGUGAUGCAAAGAAUCAGCUGGAAUUAAUUUAUGCAAUUCAGUGUCACUAAUACGUUAACGAUUGCCAAAACUUUACAACUGACUGAUUAACCUGCAUCAUUUUCCGAAGAGUUUUGAAAAUAUUUUUCUUCAAAAAACUUUACUUACUGUUAAAGAAUUCCCAAUGAAUUUUGGAGGCUGGAAACACGAACCAUUCAACCCAUAUAACUUGACAACAGCACCAUCAUCUGGAAUAUUUCAUUAUCAAACCAACCAAUCCUACAGAAACAGUUAUCCUGGAGUGGUAGAACAUGUUCAUCGAGAAGCCAAAAUUAGUCCUGACUACUAUGAAGUCAGUGAAAGUAGGAAUAUUACGCAGUCUCCUCGACGAAUGAAUAAUCCGAAUGGAAUUUUAAAUGGAGUAAAACGAAAUUCGCCAAAAAAGCCAAAGGCAAAAGCGGUAAAAUCAACUGAUAAUUCACCUUCUGCAAAAGUGAAAAUGGAAAUAUAUUUAGAAAAAUUCGAUACUGGUGUUUUCGUAACCAAGGUGAAAGUGGGAAAUCGUGUACGAUGGCAAGACGUCAAGUAUGAGAAACAAGCUUUGAGGUACCAUCCAGCCAUCAAGAGAUUUCAAACAGUGAUGUCUGCCAUUGACGUAAUGAAGAAUUACAAAACGCUACACAUUUCUUUGACUAAAGAGGAAGCAGAACGUUAUAAAGCAGGAGUUUUACUGGAAGGAGUAAGUAAGCCAAAAUCUCAAUCUAAACAAGGCAUCACAUGCAGUCAGGUAAACAAUUACAUUCAAGUAAACAAUUUUUACAAUGCUGGUCCUUCUACUUCAACUCGUUGCAUUGAAGACGACUAUGGCGAACCAGAUUCAUCGGACUACUCCACUGAAUAAUCAAGGAUAACUUUUUAAUCUAUUUUUUUCUUGGCCACCCAAAUAGUCCGUUUACGUUUAUUUAUAAUUGCAAUAAAAUAAUUGAAAAUAAAAUUAUUGGAAACAUUUA